AAGGAGGAAGAGGAGGCUCAGUGCGCCGGGGAGCGUCAGGGGAGCAGGUCACACCGCGGAGGGAAGCGGACACGGUGGAUCCCUCCUCAGCUUCAAAGGAAACCCUUUACUGCUUUGUCUGGGGGAUCCAGUAGAAAAACCAAAGGGGUUAAAGUUGAGCUUUAAUCUGGGAGGAAAGGAACCGGUGUUUGGCAGGAGGGAGACAGAGAUGCUGCUCCAGCCCGACACGGUGCAGCGCGCAGUCCGCCUCCAAGGCUGCUGAUGCCCGCCGCGGUGCGGGGAUCCCCACCCAGCAGCACCGGCAGGAGGUCGGCACAGCAAGGCGUCCAGGAGAGGAUGCUGUUUGGGUCCGAACCAUGGCGAACGGAACCUGUUCUAUCAUGCUGAAAUGCGUCGUGGUUGGAGACGGUGCGGUGGGUAAAACGUGUCUCCUGAUGAGCUAUGCCAACGACGCCUUUCCAGAGGAGUAUGUGCCCACGGUGUUUGAUCAUUAUGCAGUGAGUGUCAACGUUGGAGGGAAGCAGUACUUGCUGGGACUGUAUGACACAGCUGGCCAGGAGGAUUAUGACCGCCUGAGACCUUUGUCCUACCCCAUGACCGAUGUCUUCCUCAUCUGCUUCUCAGUUGUCAACCCGGCCAGUUUCCAAAAUGUGCGAGAGGAGUGGGUGCCGGAGCUGCAAGAGUAUGCACCCAGUGUUCCUUACCUGCUCAUUGGCACACAGAUUGACCUUCGCGAUGACCCAAAGACCAUCGCAAAACUGAACGACUUGAAGGAGAAGCCAAUUGCCACUGAGCAAGGACAGAAACUGGCCAAGGAGAUUGGAGCUUGUUGCUAUGUGGAGUGUUCAGCACUGACCCAGAAGGGCCUGAAGACGGUGUUUGACGAGGCCAUCAUUGCCAUUUUGGCUCCAAAGAGAAAAAAAGGAUCCUUGAAGAGAAGACUGGGACCCCGCUGCAUCAACUGCUGCCUGAUAACGUGAUGCGGCGGCCCUGUGACCUUUAGGGAAAAGAACGCAAACCAAACAUGGACUGAAGACAAAAGACAGGCUAAGGAAAAAUGCUAAGACAAAAACAAGGAGGGUUGAUGGACAAAACAAGAACUACGUGAUUCUAAGAUUCAUGACCCUGGAAUAAAAAAAAAUGUCUCCUGUGCUGUUUUUACCAAAGGAGCUCAAAGCCCUGUCAGUCUCUUCUUCUACAAGACUUUUGCCUCAAAAGUACCUUCUUUUAUAACCAUUUAAAUCAUGUUUUUGUUUGUUAAUGUCAAUAUAUGCUAUUAUAAGCAACAGGAAAGACAAAUGACAUUUCAACUAUAAGAUCAAUCUUUAUUCAUAAAUAUAUCUAUUGUUUUUAACAAGGAGUUUUUAAUAAUAUGUUUAUAUUCCAAAACGAUGAAAGAAAAUGAGUAUGAAGUAAUGAAAGUGUCCUGGGAGAACUGGUGUGUUCAAAUUUUUUGUUUUAAACCCAGCUUUACAUGUUGAAUUUUAAAAAGUGCUACAUAUUUGGACCUACAGAUUAAACCACUGAUAGUACAGCGCUUUUCAAAGAUGUUAUUUCUAAGAUUUCUGGUAAUGAUGAUGAUUGUUCUGAAGCAGGAUAUGCUAAAAUACUCCAAGGUAGGAAGAGACUGAGGAGUUAACAAGAAAAUAAAAAGCUUUAUUAUUCAUUUUUAGAAUCUAUAACGACCAGUUUAUGAGAUUGUAUCAGUAAAUCAAAUAUCACUGAGAUCAUAUUUAUCAGCUUAAGAAUUACUUUUUGUUAUUGUGUAGUAAAAAGCUAUGUUUUUAGCUAUUUUAAAGGAGAACAUGAGGAUUAACUUGAUUUAAGAAUUUAAUCUUGUUUUUCUCUCAAAGAAACCAAUGCACACUUGUCGUUAGAGGGCAUAUAUCAUCAUUUUUUACUAUAUUUUCUGUUAAACUUCUUUUUUUGUCUCUUUUUUUUUCAUUUUUAAUACUUUUUCAUAUUACAUAUUUCUCCUUUAAGAGUAAAAAACAAAAAACAAAAGCUAGCACAGAGCAGGGGAAAGUUGUUGAAGAGUAAUGGUGUGACAUUUAAAUGUUAGAACUCGGACAUAGCUGCAAAAUACUAUGUCCAAACAUGACAAUAUUCAUGAUUGCAAAUUCAGCUCUAAUUUUGAGUUUAUCAAGUAAGGAUAUGUAUGAUAAACCAUCUAGACAGGAGGGGAAUUUCAGGGAAAUUAGAUUCUGAGACAUUUAUCUUUAAAACUUAGCAAACUGGCACCCUUCCCAGGGAUUUAAAAGAGCUCACCCUUACACUUAAUCUGCAUAUAAUUUAAGUGGCAAAUUACCACUUGUGAUUGUAAAUCUCAUUCAUAACAAAUGUUUGUUCUGAAGUUCUGCUCUGCUUCUGUCUUUCAUGGUAACUAAACACAAACUUGCAUCAGUAAAUAUCUCCAAACAGCUGUGUGAGACUGGUUGGAAAAGUCUCACUUUUCUCCUUAUGCCAUGUAUGGCUAUUGGCCUGUCUGCCAUUUGUUUCCAUUGAUGUAUUAGUAGCCCUUGGAAAUCACUUUAAAAUAGUAUUACACUAGUGAAUGAUGAGAGAGAAGCUAAAAAUAUGGAUAAAUAAUUGGACUAAGGCUGUAUUGAAACAUUUUUGUCUUUCUGACUAAGACAAGGAGGAAAUAUAACAACUCAAACACUUUUAUUGUGGCUAAGCUUGCAGGAUUAUUUGCAGAAAGCUUCUUGAAUUUAGUGGGGGCAUUAGUACGAAGAAAAAUAAAGGCCAAGGCAAAAGAUGGUAUCUUUUUUUCUCCACAACUAUGCUUAAUUUUAAUGGUCUGGCUGUUUACUCCCUUCUUAAGCUAGCUUUCCUAGCUGUGCGCCUGACCUGUGUAGUGUCCCCAAAAUCCAAUGUUUAAAUUAUUUUAUAAGCACAGAGCAAAAAGUGUUUUUGUAGGUGAGCCAAUCUGUUCCCCAGAUUUACUUCUACGGAGCUCAUCUGUUUACGGCAUAGAGGACGCUAAAUGCUACUUCCUCUCUAUGGUAGUGCCUUCCAGUUUUAGUUAGCCUUUCUCAAAAGCUUCUUUUUGUUUUGCAAAAGUGUGUUUUGAAAUUUUGUUUAUAAUGUUUGAGACCAUCACCAUUUGUAGGGUUUUUUUGGCUCUAAGAUAUGAUGACAUAUGCCUUCUAGAAAACUGGCUAAAAUAACCCAAUACUGUAAAAGCUCUGCACAACAAUGCAGCACAGCUGCUGCAGAUCCAUUUUGUUAGCACAACAAUGCAUGUUUCCUAAAUUUCCAACACCCCCUCUGUUCCGGGAAACAGCUGUCUGAAGCACACAAGAUGCACAUGGUUCUGUCAGGCACAGCAGGCAUAGCACAACAUCUGGCAUGAACAAUCAGAAGUACAUCAUGCUAGAACCCUGAAGCAGGGUUCUAUUGUAGCUCUCCAAGGUCACCAUUAUGGAAAUAAUAGUAAGAACACCGAUCUAAAUGGAUGUGUAAAAUAAAGUCAAAUGUGGUUUCCUUAAAAGCUGAUACAUUAAACUUCUACACUUCUAAAACCUCUAUUAUAAACAAAAGCUAAAAAUUGCUCAGUUAGCUUCCUCCGCAAACAUCAAGUCUUUGCGGGUAUUCCUCUAAAUAUUUACAUCAGUUAGUUGUAUUUUACUUCUGCCUUUUAUAAGUUACCUUAACUUACAUCUAAUGUCAGCUGUGUUGGCCCCUAAAUGCAACCAGACUAGUUAAGUAAUGCCAGCUCAGCAUGAUUUACUAUUUACUAAUUUAAUAUGUAGCUGAAAAGUGAUGCUGCCAAACCAUUCUAAAUCAGUUAGCAGUAAAUAACUUUUUUGUUUUUUGAAAACUGAGUGUUGUUUGGUUUUUUGCAAUCAAAUGGAACAAAGGGUUUAUGUACACCAAUGACACUGGUUGAGGCCUGUUUCAAACUCAAAUAGAGGUUGAACCUUGAUCCAUCCACUGGGUUCUGCUUUUCCAACUAUGGCUCAUGGUGGCCCAUAAAUAUGUGUUUAGACAAUGUCAUUCUGGGGGUUCCCACGCAUUUUAGGGCCAAAAGUGAUGUUUCGUCUCUACAGCCUCUCUGAAUUCCUGUUACGUGCUUUCAGGAAGCAUUGGAAUUUGCUGUAAUAUGAUUUGAAGAAGAUUUAGCCAUGCUAUUUCCUUACCGAGGGUAGAACCUGAUGUUCAUGCAAAUACAUUUGGUUAGCUGAAAUUAUUUUGUUUGAAACAGCUGCAGUGCACAUUGGCUCAUUGCAUUGCUCUGGCCCCAAGAAAAAGGAUAUCAUCGAAGCAGCUAAAACAAACAGUCCAUCCCGUCCUCCCUUGCACUUGGCUGGGGUAGUUAUUUGGUGCCUUUACAAUUAAAACUUAAAGAUGACUGCCGAAAUGUAAAAAGAAAUAAAACUUUUCCACUGUAAAUACAGAUAUGGACUGGCAUGUCAGAUAGAAGAACAGAGAAAACCAAGGGUUUAAAGUGGGGGGGGAAGCUGAUUUAUCAGUAGCUAUAAAUAUAAUAUUGAAAUGUUACUAAAACACAGAGGAAGUGCAACAUAUCUCUAUUUGAUCUGAAAAAAGAAAUGAUUUGAGAAGAAGAGAAGUAAUCCAUUUUCUUUUUCCAGGUGUUUUACUACUGUCUGAUUUUAUUAGUACAAUAGUAAGUCACUAGGUUAUAAUAGUAAUCAGAAACUAAUGCUUUAAAUAACAAAGUGGUGCUAAUCAAUUUAUUAUGGUUAAUUCAGCAGAGUUUAUACUCAAAAUGUGAACCUUUGUAGGAUUUAGAAGUGUUUCUGAGGAGCUGUAGCGAAAACUCUCAAGUUGUAAUUUUAACUUUCUUUUGGGGGGUGGGGGGGGUUGGCCAGCCAAAUACAAAAACGAUGUGUCGCUUUUAUUCAAUAUGCAUUUUAUUUUUUCUAGCGUUUUCAAAGACAAUACUCGAAGGUGCCAAUUUUUACUGUUAAUUUGUUUGUUAUGAUUAAGUAAAGCUUUAAUGUUGAAGGUGCUUCUUCUCUCUUUCCUAGCCUGUGUUGUGUAACUGUCCUUUCUACAACGCAUCACUGCAAGGUGAUUGGCCCAGGCUCUCGGACAGUUGUGCUUGCUUAUGUCAUAUGAAGGUCCAACCUCUCCUCCUCAGGAUCAAGGACCUAAGUGCCGCAGCCAACAAUGCAUUCUCCCAUUGAUGCUACUCUUUUCUCAAUAAACAUGUUUCCUGUGUUGACAAACCA